UCUAUGCAUAGAAUCUCAUAUCUUAUAACUAUACAAUCAUACAAAUAUUUUGUUGGAGUUUUUGUUUUUAGUAAGCCUCAAAUGAAUAAGCCCUUCCUUAUUUCCCUGCUUGCUCUGUUUAUGGUAGCUUCUUAUGGAGCUCCAGGAAGUACAAUGUACAGGGAACUUGACAUUAUUGGGAAGCUUGAGAACCUCGAUGUCCCUGAGGAUGAGAUUGACGAUGAUGUGACCUUCUUUGAUUUCUCGUCGUUUACAAGCCAAUAUUCUGGUAAGAAUCUGGUGAAUGUUGAUAGCUUUGGUGCUGCUGGAGAUGGAGUUUCUGAUGAUACUCAGGCACUUAUAAGCGCUUGGACCAUCGCCUGCUCUGCACCAAACUCUGUGUUAUUGGUUCCACAAGGACGUCGCUAUUUAGUAAAUGCGACGAAAUUUGAUGGUCCAUGUCAAGAAAAAUUGAUCAUUCAGAUUGAUGGAACAAUUGUGGCACCAGAUGAGCCUAGCCAAUGGGACCCUAAAUUCCAAAGGGUUUGGCUCCAAUUUUCGAAACUCCAAGGAACUGUAUUCCAAGGGAAUGGAGUUAUAGAUGGUUCUGGUACCAAAUGGUGGGCUGCUUCUUGCAAAAAGAACAAGUCUAACCCUUGCGUAGGCGCACCAACGGCGCUAACUAUAUAUUCAAGUUCAAAUGUGUAUGUGAGAGGCAUAACAAUCCGGAACAGCCAACAAAUGCAUUUGAUCAUAGCUCGAUCAAACACAGUUCGAAUCUCUAGAGUUAUGGUCACAUCUCCAGGAGAUAGUCCCAACACCGAUGGAAUUCAUAUAACAGCAUCUACUGAUGUUGUAGUCCAAGACAGUAAAAUCAGCACAGGAGAUGAUUGCGUCUCAAUUGUUAAUGGAAGCUCGAAGAUAAAGAUGAAGAGACUCUAUUGUGGACCAGGACAUGGUAUCAGCAUUGGAAGCCUUGGACAAGGACAUUCAACAGGAACCGUCUCUGCAGUUGUGGUGGACACUGCGUAUCUAAAGAACACAACUAAUGGUCUAAGAAUCAAGACAUGGCAGGGUGGUAAUGGUUACGUAAAGGGUGUACGUUUCGAGAACGUUAAAAUGCAGGACGUUGCGAAUCCGAUUAUAAUCGAUCAAUUCUACUGCGAUUCGCCAUCAACUUGUCAAAACCAGACAUCGGCGGUUCACAUAUCCGAGAUAAUGUACAGGAACAUAACCGGAACCACAAAAAGCUCGAAAGCCAUCAAAUUCGCGUGCAGUGACGCAGUCCCUUGUAAUCACAUCGUUCUCAACAACGUCAAUUUGGAAGGCAAUGAUGGGAAAGUAGAAGCAUAUUGUAACUCUGCUGAAGGGUUUGGUUAUGGCGUGGUUCAUCCUUCUGCUGAUUGUCUGUAUUCUCACGACGACAAGGGCUUAGACCAAACUCAUAAGCAUUUGGCAGAAACUGUUAUGGUCGGAGAAGAAACUGAUCAAAAUGCUCACGACGAGCUUUAAGGGUGGUUGAUGAUGGAAUAUAUUGACGGUCGUUGAUAGUGAGGGAUGUACACGUAUACGUUAUAAUGUAGUUGUAAUUCAUCUUAGCAACUGACCUAUAAAUAUAUAUUAGCUUGUAAAUGAAGCAAACAUACAAUGAGAUUGAAAAGCAUUGUAGUGUUUCAAUAUUUAAUUAUACGGUAAAGUAUAUUAUUAUAUGUAAUCUUUUUUUAUAUAUAAAAAAAGAAUGCUUACUUU